UCUACAGGCUGUUCUGUCUCACUUGUUUUUAUCGGAAUUAAAUUACGCGAAUAAAGAAACAAAAUGUGAAUUUUGACACAUUUAAACGUCAUUGAUCUUUAAAAAUUUAAAUACCAAACCACUCGAGUACAAAUCAUCCAUUAGUGACAGUGAGUCCAAGUACAGACUAGUAUUUAUUAGUUGCUGCCAGUUGUAUCGACAGCUCUAGAUAUGUAUGAGCAAGCUCCAUUUAUUUUGUUAUGUUUUUAUACUCUUAGACAAUAGAUUAAUUUAUCUGUACUGAAUCUUAUAAGUCAGUGCUUUAUGUUACUUCAAAGUUGGAUUGUAUUUUUUUAAAAAAAUGGCGUAUCCAAUAAAUAGAAAACCAUUGUUGAGUAAUAUUGCAAGCGAUAGUGAAUCUGAAGAUAUAGAAACAGAAAUUGAUGACGCUAGUGUUUCUAUACCAGACAAAAAACCAUUUUUUAAACCCCAACCAGCUGACAGAUAUCAUUUAGCAUACAUUGUUUUUUAUUUACUUGGAAUAAAUACUCUAAUACCAUGGAGUUUUUUCAUCACUGCCGACGACUACUGGAUGUUUAAAUUCCGACAAAUCCAUCCAAAUAACAGCGGAACUAAUAAUUACACGCACACAGAAAUAUUAGAGAGUAAAACAGACUUGCAAGUUAGCUUCACUUCGUACUUAAAUGUCUCCAGUGCUUUACCCAAUAUGUUAUUUUUGAUAAUAAAUACAUUUCUUAGCAAGCGACUGUCACAAAAAUUCCGGAUGAUUUCUUCGCAAUUGUUAAUAUUUAUUCUCUUUAUUAUGACGACAGUGUUCGUUAAAAUAAACACCGACGAGUGGCAAAACACAUUUUUGAUAAUAACUUUGACUACUUUUGCAAUUGUAAAUGCAUUGAGCGCAAUAUUUGGUGGGACUCUGAUGGGCAUCGUCGGACGUUUUUCUCCGAGAUACAUCACAGCAAUGUCCGGAGGACAAGCACUUGGAGGAAUUUUCACUGCCCUUACCGAAAUAUGUUCCUUGUGGAUCGGAGCUAGUCCUGUAGUAUCCGGUCUAGUUUAUUUCAUCAUCGGAGAUGUUGUACUUUUAUUUUCUUUUAUUGCUUACAUUGUUCUGGAAGAAGAAGAAUUCUUCAAACAUCACAUGAUACAAAAGCCAAGAGAAGAGCCAAAUUUUUCAGUCAACGCCGAAGUUAGUUUUAUCGACGAACCGAAGAUAUCUUAUCGGAGAAUAUUUAAAAGGAUACUACCCUAUGGGUUGACAAUGUUUUCGGUAUUCUUCGUAACUAUGGCAGUCUAUCCAGGAGUUACUGUGUUAAUAGAGAGCCAAGGUUUCGGUCAAGGACAUGCUUGGAAUGAUGUUUAUUUUGUACCCGUUGUUACUUAUCUUACAUUCAGCUGUGGAGAUUAUCUUGGACGUCUGUUAUCUGGAAUACUCUUGUGGCCUCAAAAAAAGCCGUGGCUUGUUCUCACUUUCAGUUUACUAAGAGCUUUAUUUAUCCCAGUGUUCAUGAUAUGCAACGCCCAACCACGUCAUUUUCUACCAGUUUAUAUUCAAAGUGAUAUUUAUUAUAUUUUAAUCACAAUAUUAUUUGCCAUUAGUAACGGAUACUUGUGCAACAUUGCAUUCAUCCUAACUCCGACUGUUGUUGAGUCUCAAGAUAAAGAAGUUGCCUCGACAAUGAUGGGAGCUUUUCUUGGAUUAGGAAUAACAACUGGCUCGGCUUUGAGUAUCGCAUUAAUUAAGUGUCUUUAAUAUUCCAAAAUUUAUUAAUAGCGUAAUUUAUUUUUUUAAUUAUUCCAUUUAUUAAUGAUUAUUUAACGAGUAAUUUUUUUUCGUAUAUAUUACGAACA